AUGUCAGCAAUCGGACUUUUGCUGUUGGGCGUGGUGGCGGCGGUGGGCGGGGCCAACGUGUUCCCCGAGCCACGCCUGGAGACGCUGCCCUGUGGAACGACCACCAUGAACCCCGGCGAGCGACUGGCUAUCCAGUCGCCCAACUUCCCUCAAAACUACGACACGGACUACAGGUGCCAGUACGAGAUCACCUGCAACCCCAUGGAGUCUACCUACCUGGAGUUCAUCUGUCCUACCUUCGAACUGGAAUCCUCCACCGACUGCCUCAAUGACCGCCUGGUGGUGACUUACCAUGGCUCUCGCGAAGAGAAAUGCGGCACCGACAGUCCCGAUGGAACCAUCACCUCCGACGGGUGGACGCGCCUCACCUUCGCCAGCAACGCCGCCACCACCGCCCCUGGCUUCCGCUGCUACACCUGCACACCUACCACAACACCUCCAACUACCACACCUACUACCACACCACCUAUAUCUGAACCAAGCACACCUAUCACAACACCUCCUACCACAACGCCUCCAGCUACCACCCCGGUCUGCUAA